AUGACCAAUUCAACGAUAUCCCACCCGUACUACCCCAUAGAGCUUCAGCUUGCCGGGUACCUUGCAAAUGAGUGGUCUGUGCCGGUGUUGAUUGGGGGGUUUGGCAUAGCCUGGGGAUUGAUCCUGCUUGUGGCCCUGAAAGUUGUGUCGGUCGUUCGCCCAACCUUACCGAAGGUAGAAAAGAUUGCGGUAUCAUGGUUUGUCCUAAGUGGUGCGAUCCAUUUGUUUUUUGAAGGAUACUUCGUUGUCAAUCAUACUCGCAUGGCACCGGCGCAGGACUUGUUCGGCCAACUAUGGAAGGAGUAUUCUCUGUCGGAUUCUAGAUACUUGACCUCCGAUCCCUUUGUGCUUUGUAUGGAAACAAUCACUGCUGCCCUGUGGGGACCUCUAUGUUUUAUUGUGGCUUAUAUGAUUACAAUGGACUCACCACUUCGCCAUCCUUUGCAGCUAAUUGUGUCCGUCGGCCAGGUUUAUGGUGAUAUUCUGUACUACUCCACUAGCCUUUUUGAGCAUUAUUUCCAUGGGCUGAAUUUCUGUCGCCCAGAAGCUUAUUACUUCUGGUGCUACUACUUUUUCAUGAACUUCAUUUGGAUUGUUAUCCCAAGCUAUUUCAUCAUGAGUAGUGUUUCUACCAUGUCAAAUGCGAUCAAGGAAGUGAAACAGUCUACGAAACUCCGUAAAAUGAAUUGA